CUCGUCAGUUUUUUCUAUACUCUCUCUUCUAAUUUUCCAUUUUUCUCUCACCAAUUUUUGGCCUAAUAAUUGAAAAUUCCAGAGAAUUUUUAGAGAUUUAGGCGAGAUGAAGAGGUGCGUAUUGUGUAAAGGAAUGGCUAGGAUGUACUGUGAGUCGGACCAGGCGAGCUUGUGCUGGGACUGCGAUGCGAAGGUGCACUCGGCGAACUUCCUGGUGGCUAGGCACUCGAGAAAUCUGCUUUGUCACGUAUGUCAGUCGCCGAUGCCGUGGUCCGCCUCUGGUGCGAAAUUGGCUCCCACCGUUUCUGUGUGUGAUAAGUGUGUCACGACGGAAGAGGAAGAAGAAGAAGAGGAUGACGAAAGCAAUGUGGAAAACGAAGACGAAACUGAGGAUGAGGACUUAGAGGAGGAGGAGAAUCAGGUAGUUCCAUGGUCAUCGGCUUCACCGCCGCCGGUGAGUUCUUCAAGUAGCGAAGGUUCGAUAAUCGGCGAAAGAGAGGUUCGAACGAAGCGAAUGCGUGACGAAAUUUCAAAUGAUGAUCAGGGCUGCUCGUCGUCUCAACCGCAUGUGCAUACGGCGCCGUUCGCCACCGCCGUGAUGAUAACGAAAGAAGUUGAACCUUUGCCGGCGCCAACAAAGAUCCGGAAAACCGUUGUUGAUCGAACGGAUCGGGUAGGGUUUUCUGAAUCUCAUAUUUUGGAAACCUUAAGGAGAUUUCACCGGGAAGAGAUGGUAUCGGGUGCAGGUGCAACAGAGUUCUGCCGCGGCACCAGGGCUGUUGACUACGACUCCUGCGACUCUUAUUAA